CUGUAAAUUAAUUGGUUUGCCAUGUGUGUCUAAAAAUAAACGGAAGGAGUACGCGCAGGCGGCAGACAAAAACAGGUAUCGCGGCGUUAUUAUGAGUUUAGCUUUUUAGAAGGAAAUGUCACGUAUUCUAAUGAACUUUUGUUCCGCUGCUUGAGUACUUGCGUAUAACGACGUAGCUGAAAGGGACCUGCUUGAGCGUCUUAGGGCUUCAGAAGAAUGUCUCAGGACUGCACCAAGGGCCAAAACUGUCAGCCUGUGUCUAUACUGCCUAAAAGAAUGGCUGCAGACAAAAACAGACACACUCAAAGUCAACGCAGAGUGGAGGGUAUGGACACCAGCACAACAGCAACAAACCUGGCUUUGCUUAAAGCACACUCACUGGAUGUUAAGUUUGAUGUCGGAGAAGAGUAUGAUGUCAUUGAAACCAUCGGCACCGGAGCUUAUGGAGUUGUUUCCUCUGCCAGGAGACGGGACAACGGUCAGCAGGUGGCCAUUAAGAAAAUCUCCAAUGCUUUUGAAGUUGUGACAAAUGCAAAGCGCACUUUGCGAGAACUGAAGAUCCUGAAACACUUCAAACAUGACAACAUUAUUGCCAUCCAGGACAUCCUGCAGCCAAAUCUUCCUCACUCCGCCUUCAAGUCUGUGUAUGUUGUACUGGACCUCAUGGAGAGUGACCUGCAUCAGAUCAUACACUCUGCUCAGACCCUCACGUCAGAGCACACGCGCUACUUCUUAUACCAGCUACUCCGUGGCCUUAAAUAUGUGCACUCUGCCAAUGUUAUCCACCGUGACCUCAAGCCCUCCAAUCUGUUAGUCAACGAGAACUGUGAGCUGAAAAUUGGAGAUUUUGGUAUGGCCAGGGGUCUCCGAUCAAACUCUGAGGAGUCCCACUCUUUCAUGACUGAAUAUGUGGCCACUCGAUGGUACCGUGCUCCUGAGCUGUUGCUGUCUCUUAACCACUAUAGCUUGGCUAUUGACUUGUGGUCAGUUGGCUGCAUCUUUGCUGAAAUGUUGGGACGAAAACAGCUUUUUCCUGGGAAGCACUACGUACAUCAGCUCCAGCUCAUUUUAUCUGUGUUGGGAACUCCUCCUGAGAGCAUAAUAGAUGCUAUCAGAGCUGACAGAGUGCGUUCCUAUGUUCACAGUCUUCCAUCACGUUCUGCUGUACCUUUGGCCCAACUCUACCCACAAGCUGAAGCGGAAGCUUUGGACUUGUUGGGGGCUAUGUUGCGCUUUGACCCUCGUGAAAGAAUCAGUGUGACUCAAGCACUGGAGCAUCCUUACUUGGUGAAAUAUCAUGACUCAGAUGACGAGCCGAUUUGCGUGCCAGCUUUCGAUUUUGAAUUUGACAACCUUCCUAUGAACAAAGAACAAAUUAAAGAGGCAAUUUUAAUGGAGAUACAUGACUUUCAUAAAAACAAAAAAAGUGGUUGUCAGAGGUUGCACUUCAGGCCUUUGACAGGAGGGAAAGGCAGAGCAGCAAUAACACAAAGAAGUUCGCAGUGCAAAGCUCAGGACUUUACUGUUAACCUGGAGAAACCCACUCUGGUAUCUGUGACACGGUGCUCCCAAGUAGCACAGCAUCAACAAACACAAAUUAGGGCAGAUUUCCAGCAAAAACAACCAGCGCUACCUCAAGGCAGCUUACAAACCUGUAACAAAUCUACCCUAGCUAAUGUGACUCAAAAUUUCCUUCUUCUCUCGAAAAGCGAAAGUGGUCCAACAGAUGUUGACAUGCCCAGUGCCAACUCGGAGGGCAGUCAACCAGAGACCAUAGAUUUAAUAACGCCAGUGUCCACUCCAGACGCCCCGUCGGAGACGGUGAGAAACAAGGCACAGGCACAUGCUCCUUCAAUUCAGCCCUCCCAGACCCUGUCAAUUACCGAGGCUCCCGCCAAUGUUUCCGCAAUGCAAGGACCACAUAUUAUGCCACUUCCAACCAUUGUGCCCUCCCUGUCUCUUUCUGUGGCACAAGCUCAGUCACUGUCUCAGACCCUUUCACAGUCACUCUCAAGGAAAGCUGGGCUUCCCUCAAGUGCAGUAGAAGGAAUCAGAAAAGAUGGAGCCAUUUCAGAGGAUACCAAAGCUGCACUAAGAGCUGCUUUGUUCAAAUCUGCUCUUAAGAAUAAAUGCAGAGGCGAGGGAAGUGUUUCAGCACUUGGCAUGGUAGCUGGUGGAGAAGGAGGCAUAUUGUCCUCCCUGCCAAGCAUUCCUGAUUCUCGCCGGCCGGUCACAGCUCAGGAGCGUCAACGUGAAAGAGAGGAGAAAAGGAGGAAGAGGCAAGAACGUGCAAGAGAAAGGGAGAAGAAAAUAAAGGAGAAAGAGAGACGGGAAGUAAAGCAGGGGGACUCCCUGGGUGGGGUCCUACUAAGUGAUAAUGAUAAAAGUCUUUUACAGCGGUGGAAAAAGAUGAUAGACACCGGCAAUGAGAGGAACAUCGAAUGCAAACUGAACUCACACCCUAGUGUUGCAAGUAGUGGUAGCACUCAAGCAGCUCCGAACAAUGUUACAGAGGAGGCGAAGAGAAUUCACUCGCAUGAGCACUUGGCCUCUAACAUAAACUCUAACCAGCCAAGCUUGUUUCAACAUCCAACCACCCAGCAGCCACCAAUUCAAAACAAAGAUGUUGCUGUGGGUGGAGAAACGGAUCCAGUGACUGUGAUGAGUUUUUCUAAAAACAAAGUGCUCACAACAACACCUCAUACUGAGAACAGCAAAGAAAGUGUUUUCAGGAGUUUGGGUAACUGGAGUGGACAGCACUUAGAGGCAAGGCAGCCACAUGUGUCAAAGCAGAACAGAAAGCAGCAAACUCUCCCAUUAAAUAUCUUUCAGCCCCAGCUCCAACCUCAAAACCUAAGCCAGUCUGAUCCUAACACUCAGACAAAUGGAAAUGUGGAUAAUGUUAGGCAUGAUACCCUCAACCUGACCUUGCCAACAGGGGCCAGGGCUGUGGAGAAGUUGUGUUCUACUGCAGGAGAAAAGGCAAUCACACAGACCACUGAACCCCCUUGUGAAACCAUAGGAGUCCAUUCACAGCCUCAUCCCAGGUUAGGAUUCACAGAUUCUGGGCAACAAGGACCAUCCUCCAUUACUUCUGACAUUCAGACAGUAACACUGCAGCUGUCAAAGUCCCAGGUGGAGGACAUCUUACCCCCAGUAUUCUCUGUGACCCCAAAAGGCAGUGGUGCGGGCUACGGCGUGGGCUUUGACCUUGAUGACCUUUUCAACCACUCUAUUACAGACCUGCAGCACUGUGACCGAGACAGCUAUGACUCAGCCCCCCUCUCAGCAUCCCUUCUAUCUGAUUGGAACGAGGUUCAUCACAUCUUGCCCCCGGCGGUCGUGUGUGCGCGUCAGCAGGAGUUGCAGCUCGGCUCCCCCAUGAUGCUCUCUGAUACCAUUCCGCCUGACAGUUGAAGCCCCCUUCUGAUGAUUUCCAAAAUGACAACAAAUGGACUUGGUGCCUGUAACACGGCUGGCUACACCAUCUUUCCUGCUUCAGCGCCCAGACCGUAGUUGGAAUGAGAGAGCAGACUUAGUGAUCUGCUCCAGGGGUAACUCUCUUCACUUUGUGCUUGUCUGCCGCAGAGCUAACAGGAAUAGGGAAGUUGAGGUCUUUAUUAUCAGCCACAUUGAGCACAACUGUACAUAAACAGCAUUUUAACAGCUUAUAGUCCGGAAGUAACAGUAGUUGUUUAUUCCUUGGUUUGAUGAUUCAGGUUUAUUUACUAAACUCUAAGUUUAGUUAGGUGACGACGUCAGAUGUGUGCCACAGUGAGGUUUCAGAACUAUCAAAUAAAUUGGUAAUUUUUAUGUGAACUAAUGCAUUUAUAAAGGUAAAUGGAAAAAAUGUGCUAAAUCAAACCAAAAAAAAAAUCAAAGAAAAUUGGGCUAUAGUUUCUUCACUGCAUUAAAGUCGGGUGUGAAGUUUGUCAUGUGAAUUCUCAGCACUGAUUGAAGUCUUUAUUUUUCUGGCAACUGUGGCAUUUGUUGAACGGCUGCUCUCAUACAUGGUAGAACCGCCCCACUCCACCUCCUCUGAAAUUUUGUUUUGUUUAGUAAAGUGUUAAUACAUAAAGGAGUGGAACUUUUCCUUCGAGGCCAUUUUAUUUGCAGUAAGACCUACAGCGUUUUAUUAAACUUUAUAAGAACACAACCAUUUUGCACUGCAGACUGGAUGCGACAUGAACAUGACAAAUUAUAUGCCCACAAGAAGAUGACAUAGAGCAGUGUUUCCCAAACUUUUUUUUCUGGGGACCUAUAUUUUAAAGGUCACAAAUCUUUGCGACCCAAGUCAAUAGACAUUAUUUGUAAACUCCUGGAGAGUCCUUGCAGUUUUACUACUGCCUUUGUUGCAUGAAUUAACAAUCUUAUCUUAUGAAUUGACAAUCUCAUAGUUUUUUGUUGUCUUACUUUUAUUAUCCUUGUGAAUACUGGGCAAUACGAGAGAAAGGAGUUGACGUGAACAGAAAGAGGACAGUGACGGCAGUAUUUGAGCCAGACAUUUAUAGUUAUUAAACUACACAGUUAUUAAACUUUGUUAACUAAUUAUUUCAUUAUCAUUGACAGGAAAUAAAAGCAAUAAUAACAGUAACAAUGGAAUUGAGUCGCAAUAUAAGUGAUAGUUCAAUACGAUAACAUGUUCAACAAUAACAACAAUAACAUGACUGCAUGCGAUCCCACAGAAAACAUCAUUUGUGUGAUGUGCACAAGCACGUGUUUAUCCGUAAUUUCAGGACUAUAAGCUGCUACUUUUUCAUGCACCUUGAACCCUGUACCUUAACCAGUGAUGUGCCUUAUGGAUUUAUAAGGGCUAACGAAGGCCAUACUGCUAGCGAUUAAUAACUUGGUAGGCUAAGGUGUGCUAUACUAGUAGCGUAUGUCUAUCUUUGAAUGGCUGUGUACAUGUAUGUGUGUGGGGCGCACGUGCGAGAGAGAACGGUAUCGAAUGUUGAGAGCAGAAAGUGAAGGGAGUUAGCCUCCCCUGUGCAUUCCAAUUUUGGUCAGGGCACCAAAGCAGGAAAGAGCUAACAUGUAACCA